UUUUUUUUCUUUAGAUCAGUUCCGUUCAGUUGUGUUAUGUGCUGCACUCUGUCUCUGUCUUUCUGUCUCACUCUCAUUUUCUCUCUCCUUCCCUCCCUCCAUCUGCUCUCUUCCCUAUCUGUGUCCAUCUCAUUUAUUCUUUCUUUCAGCAUCUCCAUUUUGUGGCAUGCUCUUCACUUUGGUUUGGGUUCUUUUUUUCAAAGUACAAGUGGCCCCGAACUUUGUUUUAAAUGCAGCAGAAACGGCUGUAAGAAAACUAAAGAGAGAAGAGGAACCAAGGGCCUUUGUGGUGAGAGAGGGUGCCACAGUCACAUGAUAUCUGUCACUCUCUUGUUCGUUUUACCUCGCACUGUUGCAAAGAUGGAUUUUGGUUUCCACGUUAUGGAUUAAAUUGGGCGAUCUUUAGCUGCUCCCGUGUCACCUUUAAGUUUCAAGCUCUGGUAAUUAGUGAGCUCCGUCUCUCAGCAUCACAAGGGUUGUGUUACCAUGGCAACUAGCAAGCAGAGCUUUAUGAGAGCUGCCGAGCCUCAGUGUUCAGUGUCUGCACAGAGAGAGGAAGAGACGCAUGUUAAGGCCCCUCUCACAACUAUGUAUGUCCACAACGUUCCUGCCCCUGGCCUGCGGCCAUAUCCACAGGCCCAACCUGAAGCCUUGCAGGAUGCAACGGUUCUACCACUGUUCCUGCCAAGGAUGUGCAGCAGCUCGACUCUACCCUCUCUGACACUGCAUAUUGCCAGCGGGACUGUUUUGCAACAACAAAGGCUAGUGGCUCCAGCAACGUCAGCGAGACCUAAGUCUAUUGGGAAGCAUAUUUGCCCUCAGUGCGGUAAGGACUGUCUGAAGCCCAGCGUGCUCGAGAAACAUCUUCGUUGUCACACAGGAGAGCGACCAUAUCCCUGCACUACCUGUGGCAUUUCCUUCAAGACGCAGAGUAACCUUUAUAAACACAAGCGCACCCAGGCUCAUGCACGCCUUUCCAGCGAAUCUGACAAAGGCACCUUCAGCAGCCAGGAGAGCACAGAGAGCUUAAAGGACAACUGUAGUACUCCAUCAUGUGAGAUGACUGGCAAAGAAGUUCUUCCUGUAGUGACCAUACCGAAUCAAGCAGAUUCUACAGAGACUAAGACAAUGUCUGUCGAAUGGGCAUUACACAAUGUUGCCAUGGUUGGAUUAAGCACAAUACCUGCACUUCAGGACAAGGUAAAUUAUUUGAAAUUAUCAGAUGGCUUGAAAAAUAAUCCUGCAAACCAGCAGACAAGCGCACUGAGUGAGAAUGGAUGUACACAGCUCCAAACUCCAAACCGUAUACCUCUCCAGAGACAGGAAGCUUUAUUUUCCAAACCGUGGGAUUCCCCAAUGUCCCGAGGAAAAUCUCAAAGCCACGAUAGUACAGAUUCUGGCUUCAGUGACAGCAGUGAGCAUCAUUCAUCUAGCAGUCCUGGAGCAAGUUUGCAUGAUCCCAGUAUGGAAUCAUUAACAGAAGCCACUAUGGAACAGCAGGAAACAGGAGCCUCACAGACAUCCUCAGAGAUGACCCCUGACCCCAAAUGCAAGGUGUCCAUUCAGGAGAAGCAGAAGCUGGAAGAACGUAUUUCAAAGCUUAUAUAUGAGAAUAGUGUGUUGGUGGAUAAUAAACAACUGGAACAUGUGCGGCCUAGAAAGACAGUAUUGUCAAAACAAGGAAGCAUUGAUCUUCCUGUGCCAUACACUUACAAAGACUCCUUCCAUUUUGAGAUAAGGAGAAGCAAGCAAACCUCAAGCUCACAAAAUCCAGACAGAGGAGGUGGGGCGAUUCACAAUUCUCACCAGCACUCCACUGGCCUGGAGCAUGCACCAUUAACACGAAGCAGUUCUCUCCCCUUCACUAUGUGUGGCAAACCCAAUGAUGGAGCAAUCAAUUUGAAUCUUAGUAGAAGGUGUAGUGCAGGGCAUGUUUACCCAUUAAGGUCAUCAGACCAACAAGCACCAGGUCAUCGUUCACUAGUUAGGCAGGUAGCGGUAGAUUGUCUGCCUACUUCAGAGGGAUCCCCGGCUGAAAGAGGGAGUAUUAACAGCCUUAGCUCUGAUGGAGACAGCACUGAUGUCGGAACAGAGCCAAUUAUAAAAGGAAACUACAGGAAAAAAGCCCGAAAAUUUGACUACACAAAGUGGCACACUUACAAAGGUGGGAUAUUUACGAAACUCUACAAUACUGAGAAAGACAGUUUACUGAAGACAAAAAAAACUACACUGAACUCUGAACAAAGCCUGGAAACUCAAACUGGUCAACAGAGGGACAAUGGAUCUGUGUCUCUGAGCUUUACUUCCUGUUCUGUUGUGACCUUACAAAAUGACCUUAAAAUGUCCUAUACCAGCUUUGAAAAUAAUAAGGGGGAAGACAUGGAGAGGGAUGAAAUAAUGACACAACACACUGAUUUCCAUAUCCCAUCAGAGAGGAAGAAACAGCGCACUGGGAAUGAUGUGAAAAUGCUCAGUAUUUCAGAUCCUAGAGCUGGUGGGGCAAAUGGAAAUCAGGGUGGUUUAAUUCAUCAGUUACCCCUGUCAACUUGUGCAAUGCACGAUUCCAUCACAGUGCCAGCACAAAAGGUCAACAUGCAAAAUCUCCAACCGCAGGGUAGCUUCAUACAUCAGUUCUCGAAUCCAAGUCAGCUCGUUGGUAAUUCUCUUAGCCCUGCUGUUUGUUUAAUCAAUGUGAGUGGGACACCUGGAACCCCGUCUGGUUCUAUCAGCAGCCCCACCGUCCCUUUAGCCAAGACCAGCUUUCCUCCCAAGUACCAGCUAAAGAUUCCAUGUUCCACAGAUGGAGUGUCAGCUUCUUGUUCUGGCUCAACUUUAGCACAUAGCAUUUGCUCAAACGUUCCAGCUCUCAAGCAAAGCCGUCAAACUACAGUGCAGUGUCCUCUUGAGAACAGUGUACUAUCUUCAAAGCAGUGUCAGGGUGUUUCAAUAGUCACAACCACUGAACGGAGUAAACAAGACGUAUUGUGUGCAACAACCCCAAUGUUAUCGGUUUCCGGUUCAGAGCUAAAUCAAACAUGCACUUUAUCCAAAGUCCUGACACAGAUUCAGUCUACCACGCCUACAUCAAUUUCUCUUGUUUCUCCACCAGUGCAACAUCAAAUAUCUUUGCUGCAGAGCAACUGUGCAACACGUGUGGUGGAAACCCCGUCAACAGUUUCUGUAUCAUCUGUAUUAACAACCUCAGAGAACGCUCAGCCUGUUACAUCAAUGAACACAUCAACAGUGAAUUAUUGCUCAGAAUCCAGUCUACAAACCUAUUCUUCAGUAACUACUACACCUACAAUACAAAACCAUCCUGUCUCCCCUGUGAUUGAAUCAGGAAAACCUCUUGGUCUUACUGCAGACACCGAAUCCAUAGUUUAUGAAAAUAAUCUAAACAGUACUGCUUCUAAAAUGGUCAAUGGUGACUUUCAAGGGUCCCAAUCUGAGGGAAAGAUGAUACUACUAAAUGGCUCAACACAGGCUCAGAACACAUUUUAUGUACAAACAGCUGACCUCCAGAUAGUCAUGCAGCUCAUUUCCGAUGAACAGUUAGCUCUGAUAGAGCCUCAUAUUGAAACAGCAACUUCAAGCAUUUUAACAAACCAGACAACUCUUUCUAAGGAGGUAUAUAGCACUGAUGUGCCUCCUGUAUGCAUGGCACAGGAACUUAUAAAUAAUGGUGAGAUGAGAAAGAAGAAUGGUUCCAACUGUGAAUCUGUCAGUCCAGUAAACAAAGCAGAAAUUGUUUGCAAUUUAAAAUCUCAUAAUGAUAAAGAUUAUGCAAAUGAGUGCCCUCACUGUGUUUCAUCCUGGUCACAUCCACAGACAAAGGUUCAUAUCUCAGCCUCAGUGGAUUAUAAUAAAGAUUCUGCUGGGCAGUUGGAUGAAACACAGAAGAUACCUGAGAAUUCACAGGAAAGAAAAUCUGCUGGUUUUGAGGUCAUCACAGAGACACACCACAGACUAGCGGCUGGAGACAAACUAUGUCAACCUCAGUUACUGGACAACAGUGAUUUUGUCCAUAACAAAGAUUCAGGCAACUACUCUGAAGACCAAACAUUCACGGAGAUAACCAGUGAUAAAGAGCUGUUCUGUUUAAUGCAGCCAAAUCACAUUCAAACUAUAACAAAUACUCAGCCAGUGGAGCCAAAGGAAAGAGGUCAACUCAUGUCAGUCACAUUAUCAGGAAACUGUGAAAGUGUUCAAACAAAGAAACCUACACAGCUCAGAACUUGUAUCUGUGAGAAAAAGACGUCUACUGGAGAAUCACAACAUAUGCAAAAAGAGCUCAACUCCACAAUACAGCCCAGUCACAACAAGCCACACUGGGCUGCAUGUGGCAGCUCAGAAUUAGAUACAAGAGAAAUGAGAGCAUGUGUCAAAGGGAAGCUCAACUGCAAGCUGAUUGAGACAUUUUGUCCAUGCCAGACACCUACACAGUAUGAAUUCAAACAAGCCUUUGCUCCAUGCGCAGGUGACUUUGAUAAUGACAAUUCUAGUCAAGGGAAAGUAUCCUGUCCAAUGCUGAACAAGACAUCUAACAUUCAUAGCAUUCCUGAAGACAGCAUCAGAUGUGAAGAAAAUCUGGAAAAUCUGGAAACUCUGCAAGGAUCUGUGGAAGAUGGUACCCUUAAAAGCUUUUGGUUUCAGAGGGACCCUGGGACAGAGAGCAAGGAAUCAGUCCCCAAAGAUCCUGAGAGUAGAAGUGGAGAGGGGGAAAGAGCCAGAACAGAGGAAGAGGAAACGUCUUGUGAGGAGCAUCAAAAAUCUGCUCAAGCUCACCCACAUUUCUCCCAGGAAGUGUCCCUUAAUAUUUCAGAGCCACUUAAGCAUGACAAAUUUGGAGUUUCGAACAAACCAGAAGCAUCUGUUUGCACAAAAAUUAUUUCACAAACUUGUCAACAUCAAGCUCAAGGGGAAUGUAACAACACCACCCGAAAAGACAGCAUAGGUGAACAUUUGGUUAACAGUCCUUCUCAAGAGACAAGCCAAAAGGAGACAUCUUCACCAAAAUAUUCCAAUCAAACAUGCAAUCAUCUUUUGAUGCAUCCAGUCAAAGUCAAUACCACGCAAAAUGAAUUCCAGAAGGAGACACAGACAAAGGGUGCUAUGAAUUAUUUGAUUUAUUCCAAAGGCAACCAAGUACAGACAUCAAAAGACAAAAUGACUGGCACAACUUUAUCAGCCAGUGUUCUGCAACAUAACUGUGGUGAUUCAAAGACUAAUAUGGCUGAUGCAAGUAUUUCUUCAUUAUCCAGUGCUGGUCCCAGUUCUUGCAAUGGCUCACAUCAAAUGUCUAGUCAAGAAUGUCACACCCAUCAAAUAUGUCCCCCAGCCAUGCACAGCAACCCAACAUAUGUAGGUAAUAAUAGUUACCUGGAACAUGAGGACAGUAACAGCAGCAGUGAUGAUGAGCAAAAACUAGUCAUUGAACUUGAGUAAGGUGAAAGUACACACAAAGCAAGGCAAAAAAAACUCAAGGUGUCCAACACCGCCAUAUGUGCCACUACACAGAAGGCAAAAAGCCCUUUAGCAAUUGCAAAGAAAAAACUAUGGCAUCAUUAGGCUGACAUGAAAUGGUAUUUUAUCAUCAUAAGUCUAUACACUGGGGUAUCAUUUUGUGACAUAUGUUGAUGUUACUCACAAUGAAAG